GCCCUAGGUGAAACAUCAUGGACAAUAUCACCUGGAUAGCCAACCACACUGGAGGACCAUAUUUUGUCCUGCUGGGACUCUUUAGUCAAUCCAAACAUCCAGCUCUACUUUGUGUGGUCAUUUUCAUAGUUUUCCUGAUGGCCUUGUCUGGAAAUGCUGUCCUGAUCCUUCUAAUACACUCUGACCCCCAGCUCUGUACCCCCAUGUACUUUUUCAUUAGUCAGCUGUCUCUCAUGGAUAUGGUGUACAUUUCUACCACUGUGCCCAAGAUGCUCAUGGACCAGGUCACGGGUGUGAAUGAGAUCUCAGCCCCUGAAUGUGGGAUGCAGAUGUUCCUUUAUUUGACACUAGUAGGUUCAGAAUUUUUUCUUCUAGCUGCCAUGGCGUAUGACCGCUACAUGGCCAUCUGCCAUCCGCUUCAUUACCCUGUCCUCAUGAACCACAGGGUGUGUCUCUUCCUGGCAUCUGGCUGCUGGUUCCUGGGAUCAGUAGAUGGCUUCAUGCUCACUCCAAUCACCAUGACCUUCCCCUACUGCAGGUCCCGGGAGAUUCACCAUUUCUUCUGCGAAGUCCCUGCUGUAACGAUGCUUUCCUGCUCAGACACCUCACUCUAUGAAACGCUCAUGUACCUGUGCUGUGUCCUCAUGCUCCUCAUUCCUGUGACAGUCAUUUCAAGCUCCUAUUCAUUCAUUCUCCUCACCAUCCACAGGAUGCGCUCAGCAGAGGGCCGGAAGAAGGCCUUUGCCACCUGUUCCUCCCACAUGACUGUGGUUAUCCUCUUCUAUGGGGCCGCCAUCUACACCUACAUGCUCCCCAGCUCCUACCACACUCCUGAGAAGGACAUGAUGGUGUCUGUCUUUUAUACCAUCCUAACUCCUGUGCUAAACCCUUUCAUCUAUAGCUUUAGGAAUAAGGAUGUCAUGGGGGCUCUGAAGAAAAUGUUGAAUGUGGGACCUAUCUUUCAAGAAACUAUAAAGUAGGAAACAUGGUACUAACAAUUUUGUUUCCUU